CAACAUCAAAACCCAAGUACCCCUCCGUUCACUGUAAAAUUUACGUUCUCAAACGGGGGACGGGGGUUGAUUAAAACGUAUGUUAACAUCAAUCAGUUUUAAAGUCGUGUACACCGAUGCAGUGUGACAACUUCACAGAGUUUGUGUACAUAUUUGUAUUUCCUCAUGUUAGCCCCCCACCGUCCCCCGACCCCCUCUCGUUUCGUAAUUCUCACUUCUGAUUGCGGAGAAAAGUUCGGGGAGAUGGAUGAAAUGAAAAUGAAAAGCAUUGAGCUUUUGUGAAUAACCGAGAAUGUUGCGCCAAGCAUUGAAUUUUUUUAUGCUAUUCGUCCUGGUGUCAAGUGAAUUGGACAAUCCGAGUUCAGAGGCCCUGAUUGAGGUCCAAGAGGUGCCCCCCGAGGAGCCAGUCCCCCUGCCCCUUCCGGGGAUGCUGUACCCCCGUGAGAGUGAAACGAGAGAAGUGAAGUCAUUGGACGGCCUGUGGGACUUUGCAAUGUCACCGUCUGGUGAUUCUCUCACGGGAAUCCGUGAUCAAUGGUACAGGGAUGAAUUAUCGAAGUCAGCGCCAGUGAUGCAGAUGCCAGUGCCCUCCUCCUACAACGACAUAACGACCUCGAAAGCCCUCAGAGAUCACGUUGGAGCAGUCUGGUACGAGCGAAAUUUCUUCAUUCCCCGUUCGUGGGAAGAUCAACGGGUUUUCAUAAGAUUUGGCUCUGUAAAUUACCUCGCCCAAGUGUGGAUCAACGGCGACCUAGUGACGAACCACGAGAUGGGACACUUGCCGUUCGAGGCUGAAAUCAACUCCUACAUAUUUUUCGGUGUUAAAAAUCGAAUAACCGUUGCGGUUGACAAUACCCUGUUGCAAACGAGCAUUCCCCAGGGCCAUGUCAAUAAAAUGGAAUCUGACAAUGGAACCAUUUGGGUUCAAUCCUACACAUUUGACUUUUUUAAUUACGCUGGAAUCCACAGGCCAGUUCUACUAUCAACAAAGCCCCGAGUCUACAUAUCCGACAUAACGAUAAAAACCUCGACCUCCGGCGACACCGGAAUAAUAAAAUACUCGAUAGAACCAGCGGGCCACCUCCCCUCGGAGACAGCAAACUGCAGAGUAUCCCUCCGAGAGGACAAUGCAGCGCUAGUCAUUAGCGACAUCUCAGGUUUCUCAGGAACCCUGAGGAUCCCGAGCGCCAAGCUCUGGUGGGCCCGAGGGAUGAGCGAGACCCCAGGGUACCUCUACACCUUCGAGGUGACCCUCACCCUCCCGAAUUCAACGUUACAGGACGUCUACCGCCUUCCAAUCGGCAUAAGAACGAUAAAAUGGAGCAAUACGAGUCUUCUCCUGAACGACAAGCCUGUCUACCUGCGGGGAUUCGGUCGUCACGAGGACUCGGUCAUCAGAGGAAGAGGUCUGGACCUAGUUACCAUGACGAGAGACUACGAAUUGUUGAAAUGGGUGGGUGCAAAUGCCUACAGAACGAGCCACUACCCCUACAGCGACGAAGUAAUGGACAUGGCUGAUCGCCAGGGUUUCCUGAUAAUCGACGAGUGUCCAGCAGUCGACACCGAGAAUUUCUCCAGUGAAUUGCUGAAACGCCACAAAAACUCCAUCUCCCAACUGAUCCGCAGGGACAAGAACCGGCCGUCAGUGCUGAUGUGGUCCAUCUCCAACGAGCCCAGGACAGCUCUACCCGGGGCGGAUGUCUACUUCAAGGAGGUGGCACUCCACACAAAAAUUGUGGACCCAACCAGACCCAUCACCAUUGCCCUGUCCGCUGGAUGCAAUCAGGACAAGGCAGGACAAUUUCUCGACGUAAUAAGCUUCAACCGAUACAACUCCUGGUACGCUAAUGCCGGAAGACUCGACAUGAUCAUUGAUAAGGUGAUGGCAGAGGCCCAGAAUUGGCACAAGAAGCAUGAUAAACCUGUUCUCAUGAGUGAGUAUGGAGCUGACACAAUGCCUGGGCUGCAUGAGCUGCCUGAGUACAUAUGGAGUGAGGAAUACCAGACAGCUGUUCUCUCAAAGCACUUUGAGGCCUUUGACAGACUGAGGGAGGAGGGGUGGUUCAUUGGUGAGUUUAUAUGGAAUUUUGCGGACUUCAGGACAGCUCAGUCCUACACGAGAGUCGGGGGAAAUAAAAAGGGAAUCUUCACGAGGACUAGACAACCAAAAAUGGCAGCUCUUCAUGUCAGGAGGAGGUAUCACGCUCUUGCAAGCGAGCUCGAUGGAGCUGAUGCUCCAGGGGAUCUGGGGUACUAUGUGGCUAGUUAUGGACAGCAUGAGGAGUUGUGAGAAGGGCGAAUGCUCAGAGAGAAUGGGGGGUUUUGUAAUUUGACGAGUUUUUUAACGAAAUUUUGU